AUGUGCUCAGGGAAUUAUAAAAAGCAUUCUGUCGCAGUGUCUGUGCACAAGCGUGAGGUGCCGUGGCGCCGCAAAUCCAUAACACAUUUUUUUUUUCUUUACUUUUUCAUGUUUAUUGUUCUUGCUGGAGUUUACUACACUGUGCUCUCGUCGGGGUACAUUGAACUUCCAAUCAACGACCUGUUGGCGUCGCUCAGUGAUUACUGUCGCACAGAAAGGGUCGAAGAGGAUGGCUUAGGAUUGCAUCCAGGAGAGAACGUUACUACACUGCCACCUGCGACUUUUGGUGUGGGUGUUUGGGUUGACGAAUCCAGCAUGUUGCCCAUGGUGCACAAUAUCCUGAAACGUAUUGACAAGCGCAUGGUUGAAGCAUCUCCGAGCCAUGGAGAAUUAAGCGAAACAAUGAAGCAAAAGAGGUAUAUUUAUUCCUUUGUGCAUUUGCAGGCAAAUACUCGUGAGAAAAACAUGUUAGUAGAUUUCAAAACUUCUGACUCAGGUGUAUUCCAAACCCGGUCAGAUGCCAUUAAGGUCUUAAGUAAGCACGCGCGGUCACAGCAGAUGGGUCUGCCGACUUUUAAGCAUGUCUUCAACCCAGACCUCAGCAAGGAGAUGCAAAUGAUUGCGCUUAGUAUUUUUAGCUUGCCGUCUAAGCUUUUUGGCUUUGUACAAGAUCCCCAGGCAAAUCCCAUCUGGUGCCACAGCCUUGAUGUUUUCCAGUCGUUCUGUGUCGUACUUGUUGACACUCAGGACCAAAGCAGGGUGGACAGCAAUAGUGUUUCCGACGACAUGCAGCGUCAUGUUGGAUUGAUGGAGAAGCAUAUAACUGCAGGGAUUGCUUCGGUGUUGGCGGCGAGUCUAUCGAUUGACUCAUUUCGUCCUAACGAUAUCAAGGUAUGGCAUCAGUUGCGCAAUCAAGCUGGGUGUUUUCAUGCCAUGCGCUCGCUCCGGGCGUUACGCGAUUCCAUAAGGGAUAGAGUAGACAUGUACAGUCAUAUUAAACUGAGGGGUCUUUUCACCCGGCUCCAACAGUUGGUUGAGCGGCGGGAAUUUGUGUUAGCUGCACGAGCCGCUGAUGACCUUCAAUUUCAUCCGCUACAUGCUCCAGAUCAGUUUUAUCCUUUGGAUUAUGUGUUAACAUGCCAUAUUGUUAUUCUUUUACCGUUGUUUUUGAUGACUUUCAUUAAUGCCCGCUUUGUAGCCGAUACUUAUCACCGAAAAAGACGCAAAAACUUGUAA